AUGUAGAUCGACCUUUGCUUCCCUUUAGUCAGGUUAAUAUCGUAGUACAUUUUAGGAUUAGGGCUAACUAUUGCUAUCUUUGCCGUCCUCUUCAGUGUUGCUCUCCUUUGUUUCUCGAUAUAUCUCGCCAUUUAUCUAACGGCUCUCACUUCAAAUGCAUGCCUCGACGUAGCGGACUCCAUUGUUCCAUGUUCUGAAGUGGUAAAAAAUAUUCAACCGUCUUGUUGGUAUGCCUUACAGGUUGCAGUGAUAUCGUCGCUCUUCAAGAUUUCUCCGGAAGAGGUUUUGCUUGAAUACAAUAGAGAUGUUGAUGCGAGAGCGUGGAUUGUUCGUCAUACAUUCCCGAAGAACCCUUUGACGAAACGAUUUCUAACAAAGUAUUCAUCACGAUUCCUAAAACACGGUUACGAUAUCAGCCCUCAAGUGACAGACCGUCAGGCAGCGCCAAAGGCGUCAAGCAGGCAAAGCGCAAAUUGA